AUGACUGACAUCGAGCUCGAACAGGUUUCAGAUCCUCGCGAAGGUAGACCUGUACCCGCCCAAAAGCAACCCUCUCGCUUCGUCACUGUCGAUAACGUUCUUCAAUAUGCUUCCGAUAUACCAUCUAUGCAAAAGAGGCAGCCUCAAAGACCCCGACCGUUUCGAUCUGGCUCGGGCAAACCAAUUGACCCCAGGUUGACUGGCCGAUAUGUGGCCCCGCAUAUUCCCUCUCGGUCGACCAAGACGUCCGAGAAGUUAGUUUUGCUACCCGAGGCCGACGAGGAAGAGGAGGAGAAGGAAGGCUUCUUGUCCGAUGCGGACAAAGGUCCACCUAGAGAUGGCGAAUAUCAUCGCAAGGCCGGGAAAGAAGGUGUCAAAAGCUAUGCAGAACGGCUACCCAAGUCGCGGCGCACAGAAAACGAGCUUCCUAGAGUGACCGCCUACUGUACGGCGCAAGGCUACAAGCUACAAUCUGCUGCUACCUUUGUGCGACAACGGCAUGGCGCACGAGCCAAACUCUACGAUGAUUCCUUGUAUUGCGCUUACCAUUUGCCAUUACUGCCUGGCAACGACGGAUAUCGGAUUCGCAGCAGUCCGCCCGUACAAAGUGCCAAAGGUGGAACCGUGUUGGACGAGGCCAUCGAGCGCAGUGAGCAAAGAGACUAUCAGGAACCCUACUACGCGGAAGAAGAGGAACAGCAUUCCGUUAGAGGGGCUUACACACCGGAGGAGCACACCGGUGACACCGAAAGCGACAACAGCAAAUCGGACCAGCCCCAGCACAAUGGGCAGCGGAGAGAUAGCGAUGCAGCCUCGGCACCCAAGGGUCUCGGACGAAGUGUGCCUGUCGAUGCGUAUCGAUAUGCGGAGAUGUUUAUCUUCAGCUACGGCGUGGUCGUGUUCUGGAACUUCACCGAAAGACAGGAAAAGGAUGUUCUAGCCGACUUUGCAUUCUCGACAGUCGUCGACCCUGAGACGCAUGUGGUGUCCUCGGUGUCCAUCAUCACUAAUCCCCUGGAUGAAGAAGAUUUCGAGACUGAAGAAUUUCACUUUGAGUACAACAAUGAGAUAUCCCGUCCACGGGUUUACAACGACAUGAUUACUCUGCGCAGCGGAGACCACAUGAUCAAGCUCGCCAUCAGCCACGCGAUCGCACAGAGCACGAAAUUGAGUUUCUUCGAGGAAACAAUGGCUGCCCAGAUGGAAGCGGCAAAAGACGUUCCUGGUCGUUUGGCCAAAACGGGCGAACUAGGUUUGAAGCGCGAGGAAGUGAUCAAGUUGCUGGGCGGCCUUUUUAAGAGUCGAGUUGAAGUAAAUUUGUCAUCGAACGUUCUUGAUGUCCCAAACCUGAUCUGGGAGAGCGAGCCAACGCUACAACCACUGUACCUUGCAGUGCGCGAGUAUCUCGAAAUCAAACCUCGUAUCCAGGUACUAAACGAGAGGUGUCGCGUCUUCCUCGACCUGGCCGAAGUCCUGUCAGACUACAUCUCCGAUGAUAAGAUGUCCAGAAUCACUUGGAUUGUCAUCGUGCUGAUUGGCAUCUCCAUCCUGGUCACAACCUCGGAAGUGUUCGUGCGCUUUGGGAUGUUGACUACAAAGGGUGCAGCAAAGGUGCAACCUACCUUGCCUGGGUUAUCUCUGAGCAGCGAGCUAUGA